UCCCCCUUCCCCUGUCUCCCGGGUCUCUUGAGGAGCCCAGGAAGGAGGCUCCUCUAGUGCCGCCGGGCCAGGGGCUCCCGGGACCCGGCCGCUGCAGUCGUUGGCGGGUCAUGUCGGCCGCCCAGGGCUGGGACAGGAACCGCCGGAGGGGAGGAGGCGCCGCAGGCAGUGGUGGCGGCGGCGGAGGUAGCGGGGCCAGCGGGGGCAGUGGGGGCAGCGGGGGUCGGGGGACAGGCCAGCUCAACCGCUUCGUGCAACUCUCCGGGCGGCCGCACCUGCCAGGUAAGAAGAAAAUACGAUGGGACCCAGUUAGGAGGCGCUUCAUUCAGUCCUGUCCCAUCAUAAGGAUCCCUAACAGGUUUUUGAGAGGCCACAGACCUCCACCAGCACGAAGUGGACAUCGCUGUGUGGCAGAUAAUACCAAUCUAUAUGUAUUUGGAGGUUAUAACCCAGAUUAUGAUGAAUCAGGAGGGCCAGAUAAUGAAGACUAUCCUCUCUUCAGGGAGCUUUGGAGGUAUCAUUUUGCUACAGGAGUAUGGCACCAGAUGGGCACAGAUGGCUACAUGCCCCGGGAAUUGGCAUCUAUGUCACUCGUGCUGCAUGGAAACAACCUGUUAGUGUUUGGAGGUACAGGCAUCCCAUUUGGUGAGAGCAACGGCAAUGAUGUCCAUGUCUGUAACGUGAAGUAUAAGCGAUGGGCUCUACUCAGCUGUCGGGGGAAGAAACCCAGUCGUAUAUAUGGACAGGCCAUGGCAAUAAUCAACGGUUCCCUGUACGUCUUUGGAGGGACAACUGGCUAUAUUUACAGCACAGAUCUACACAAAUUAGAUCUCAAUACUAGAGAGUGGACACAACUGAAACCAAACAAUCUAUCCUGUGAUCUACCAGAAGAGAGAUACCGACAUGAAAUUGCACAUGAUGGGCAGAGGAUUUACAUCUUGGGAGGUGGUACUUCCUGGACAGCUUAUUCCUUAAACAAGAUCCAUGCAUACAACCUUGAAACGAAUGCAUGGGAAGAAAUUGCAACAAAACCCCAUGAAAAAAUAGGUUUUCCUGCAGCCCGAAGAUGUCACAGUUGUGUUCAGAUAAAGAAUGAUGUGUUUAUUUGUGGAGGCUAUAAUGGAGAAGUUAUCCUAGGAGAUAUCUGGAAGUUGAAUCUGCAGACGUUUCAGUGGGUAAAGCUCCCAGCAACCAUGCCAGAACCAGUUUAUUUUCACUGUGCAGCUGUUACACCAGCUGGUUGCAUGUACAUUCAUGGAGGAGUUGUGAACAUCCAUGAAAACAAACGGACUGGGUCAUUGUUUAAGAUCUGGCUGGUGGUACCUAGCCUGCUGGAACUGGCAUGGGAGAAGCUGCUUGCGGCCUUCCCUAACCUAGCAAACCUCUCCCGAACACAGCUUCUGCACCUUGGACUCACACAGGGACUCAUCGAGCGCUUGAAAUGAGAAUUUCUGGACUGUUCAUUGAUACUGGAAAUGUUAAUUUAAAGAGACUCCUUUAUUUAUGGGCAGUGUAGCAUGUGCUACAAAGAGGAUUGGUUACCCUGAUCAAGGCCUUAUUCAGAAAAUACAUCAGAUGCCUUUCUCUAAAUUGGUUUUAAGUUCAUGGAAAUCUCACUCUCCCUCGUGCUUCUUCUGUUGCUUCUCUCCUUCCCGCCCCAAGACACACACACAUACACACUCCCUCUUCCUUGAUGGAGUUAAGAGAAGGUCUGAAAGUACCUUAAUAAUGUUUGAAUCAAGAUAUACAGGAUUUUUCAAAGGAACUCUGAACAUAUGAUCUUGUCAGCCGGUGCUCUACAAACUAAUGCAACAUGAGCAACAAAAACAAAAAUAAAAUUUUCAAAAAUUUAAAUCCAACAAGUUACAACAUCCAGCAUCAACAACAAGUUUUGUGGCUCGAAGAAGAAGGCUAACCUGAAGAAUCUUGCAGGUUCUAUGUAAACCUAUAUGUUUAGUUCGCUGUUUUCUGAGAUGCAUCUAGAUGAGUAGCUGGAUCCAGUGGCAGCAGUUGUUGGCAUCUUGCUGCACAGAGACCAGAUCUGCCCUUUGGCUUUAGAGGGCAGUUAAGCAGCUCAGCAGCUCUUGGUUAAUGGUUUCUUUCCUCAUCUUUAUGGUGCCAGUAGUCGUUAGAGUUGGCUCGUCAAAAGUCUUCAUGUGUGUUAUAGCUGCAUUGUUUAGUGUUGCUCUUAGAAAUUAUAGCACCAAGAAUGUUUCAAAUCAAGAAAAUUAUGGUGGUCAGAGUUUGUCAUUCUGGGCAGUUUUGAAAUUCUCCUAUGCUUACUAAUGGUUUCAGGUAUCUCUGACUUCUUCAUGGGGAAUUGUAGACAAUAAAUAUGUAGCAUAAAUGCCAUGGGACAUAAAUGUAAGCUUGUGAGAAACCAGAAAAGAGCAGGGCAGGGAGGGCUCCUGCUCUGGGCUGUGAACUUUGACCAACAUAUUGGCCAUUUCAUUUUCAAAACUUUUUCCUUUUCUAAUUCGGGGCUAUGCACCUGCCAUUUUCUCAAGCAACAGGUUUUAUCUUUAGAAAGCCAACUGGCCCUUGAUUUUUCUCUUAGCUUUUUGCCUCAUUUUCUGUCUGCUUUAAUGUGCAUGGUGCUAUGAGUAAUUGUCUAGUAAUUGGAUAAAAGAUCUUGAGGGAAAAGCCACAGGUCAUCCUUCUUAAAGAACUAAGUACCAUUUUAAAAACUAGAUUAGGAAGGAAUGAAACAGGAUCAUUUACUCUGUGGUGUGAAAUUUUAGUUCUGGAUUGUUUUGGGUUUUUUUAAUUCUAAAAAAGAAACACCCUGACUUUUCACUUGCUUUGCCAUCAAGCCGCUAGAUGAGCAAGUCACUGAGACAGGAGCAUUUGGAAGUCCUCAGGUGUAUGGAAGGUGCUAACGGCAGGCAAGAGGGGCACAGUGCUGUGCUGGUCAUCCCACUGGUUACCUCAGAACAGGAGAUUCAGGUGGGAGAUGUGGGACACAUUUUCCUUUAAGUGCCUCUUUUUCACUUAGCUUUUAAAGUUAUUCUUCUUUUUCCUUUGUCCCACAGGGGCACUCUCUUUAACUCAUGUGUGGAUUUAAAAUCACCUUUGAGUUAUGGCUAAAAAGUUAUCAUCCAGUAUUCAGUUCUGGGAAAGAGAAAACUGUGGCUCUAGACUUGAACUCCUAACUUCCAUGCUUUACUGUAACAUCCCAUCCAUGCUGGGUUGAGUUCAUGGAGCCUGUAUUCUGUGAGGUCUUGUGAUAUCCACUCAUCUGUGAGUGAGGGGUGUGAGGGAGAGGCAGGAAAAGGAGUAACUCCUCUAGAGGUCCCACCCCCAUUUGCCAUGGCCAAGUCUGUUGGAUGUUUAACCUCUUGCCAUCACUGCUAGGCUUGCUUCAGUGAGGAGCUCUCUCCAGAGCAAGGCAGUGUGAGCAACCCCAUUAGUUCAAAACACAACUUUGCUGUUUGACUCUAGCCUGGUCUCUGGAUAUUUGGUGGAAAUAUAGCCAGAAUCAAACAAGUCGUGCUGUCUAGCGUGGUGAAAGGCUUUUUGUCAUGGAUUUAUAUAGGGACCAAAGACUGAAUGCUCAGCCUCUGUGCUUAUCCUUCCAUGGACCUUGGGAAAUAAGCAGGUCUCUAGCUCUGCUAUGCCAGAGAGCAAGAAAGAUAGGCUGGUUCAAUCCACACGUGCUAGCAUCUUUUUAAAAACUUCCUGAGGCCAGUCUUCUUUGAGGUAGACUUUGGAGGACUGAUGUCCAAGACUUUGUGUGUAACGUUUUCAUAAAAGUACCUAUCUUUGGUCUAAAGUGUCUUUUUUUAAUAAAACACUAGUGAAAAUGUUGUAGUAUGACCAGCUCUGAAUGCUGUAGAACUGCACAUGUGCACAUAUUCUGGAUGCCAAAUGAGACUGUAUGUAUGGUGACUUAAAUGUAGAUAAUUAGAAUUUUAUAUAAAGGGUCCCCAGGCAUUUUAGUGUACCUAUAACCAGCACUCGGACUCCCUGGCAUUGUUACUCGAUUUAGGGACGUUGAUGCCUGCUGCUUCUCUCUCUGCCUCUUUGAGGUACUCCCAGCCACCUUACUGCAGUCUUGGAAAUUUCAGUGCAAUAUAGAGAAACACAUAUGGAUAUAUACAGAUUAUAUAUAGGGUGUGACUAUAAAGCAGUUAGACUACUUUUUUUGUCUGUCUAGGGAAGCCAGCUCAUUACUUUGGAGUCAAAUUAUACCAAGAAUUUGAAAUGUGAUUGGCUGGCUUAAGCCAACUCUUGGUCAUGCUGGAUUUUCAAGUCCGUGUUUUCUUACUCCAAUUCUUAAGAGACUUUUGUUCCUUGGGUUUGUUAAGAGUUGAGACUUUUCCCCAGUUAUCUUUGUACUAUCUCUGUACAUCUCUGCGCCCAGGAACAAGGAAGUCUACCUAUAAGGAGUUUCACAAACAGAGAAUUAAAACCUAAUAUUUAAUACUGUCAGUUCUCCCAUGUAUAUACUAAUUUAUCUGUGAAUGUAAUACUUUAUUAAAUGACAAAAAUGAUGCUUUCUUCAUUUAAUAAAGUAUUGAAGUAUUUUCCACAUCCUGGAAAACCUAUAAACCAGUAUAGAAUGAUUGAAAUUUUAACUAUUCUUCAGGGGCCAAACUGAAAUCUUUUUCACUGGCAGAUUCAUUUUUCAGGGCUCUAGUGACAUGAUGUAAAAAUUUGCUUUAAACUAUCACAUCCAUUACAUAGCUAGAUUUAAAAAUAUAAAAAUAAACAUUAACAUUUCUAAGCAAAAAGUAUAUUAACAGCGACCUUUGAUUAUCUAGAAUAGCAAGAAAAGCACAGAUAGUUGAAGUCCAUAGAUAAUCAGUGUUUCCGCUUUUCUAUCAAGAAGUUGAUUUAUUUCUUCUUCCUCCCUACCUGCAAGCACCGCCUUCUUAAUGGGUGGGGCUAAUGAGUAGGUAGAAAAGAAAAAGGAAGAAUCAAGGAGGGGCUGGAAACCAGCAAAUAUAUAAGCAGCCCAGUUAGCUGUGAUUGAUCACUUUGAUGAGAGCUGUUGAAUGCUGAAAUCAGGACCCCCGGGUGGUAGUCCUGAGUUUAGGUGUUACUCUUUACUCCUCUGCUUCAGCGUAGUUUUCUGCCCUGAGUUCUGUGUAGGCUUUCCCUCCUAUAACCACCAAAGAACUCUUGGCACCUAUGGGAAGAAACAGCAGAGGAAAUCCCAUCAUUUGAACACAUUUCUCUGGCUCUUGACAAAUACUUGCUUUUCCUCUGUUCUUGCAGGAGCCUUAUUUUUUUCCUUGGAAAUACCUUUUACAGCCAUAGAGUUUGGCUUGUAAAAAAGGUUGAAUUAUUUUGUAGGACUAUGUUGGUCUUAAUUUGAUAAAGCCAAAUUGUUUUUAUGUGGUCUUACAGAUGUUUAGAAAGUGGCACAAGUUACUAAAUUGUCUACCUGCCAGUACUCUGAUGUAGCACAAAAAGAGCCAUUUCCUUAAUCUUAAUUGUUCUGACACUGAGCUCCAGGAUGGCUGAAUAUUUAUGGUCCCGUGAUCAUAAGCUCCAAAAACUGAUCACUGUUAGCUUAUUGCUCUGGUUCCCCAAAUACCUCGGGACUCUAGGAGUGUUGGCAGGGCCUAAGGUAGGCUGGGUAGAGUUCUGUGACCUCCACAUGUGUGCCACCAGAUUAUGCCUGCCAAUGGUGUUCCCCUUCGAAGGUCAUUUGAUUCGGUGGAAAGCAACCUCUUCUCUUGUCUGGUGUUGAAUGAAGUUCUGAAUUGUGCUUCAGAAGUGGUACAUCGUUUUGGUAUAAUUUUCAUGUUUUUAUUUUUAUUUUUUACUUUUCAGAAGUUUUUUAAGGGCCCUGCUUAGUCAGUAUACAGGGUGAGUCAGAGGCAGUUUCACCAAGCUGUAGUCAUUGCUGUUUUACUAGUUGCACAUUUAGAAUACAAAGGAGGCAUCAGAAACACACUGACGUUCUCUAAAGCCACUUCCUUGUACACAGAGUCUGAGCAGGGACAACACCAGGCAUCCCCUAUAAAGGCACCUGCCAGUGAGGAUUUUACUGGAAGAGCCUAAGCAAGAAGGGAAGCUACUCUCAUAUGCAGUCUCUGAGGGUUAGCCUGGGCUUGACUCUUCGUACAGGGUAUGCUUAGGCCACACACGAUGCUUGCCUUACUUUAAAGCUAUUUGCCCCAGUCCUGUUAAAUAGUGUGGAAGUCCUUUUGCAGUCUGGUGUGCAUGCCAUAUGAUCGGGACAGCUUUUCCACCUUCCCCAGUUUCCUACAAGCAAGUAGGAAAUAUAGUGAAUUUACCCUAAAAUGUCUAAUCUGUAUUUAUGUACCUUGUCAGUGUUUUGCUGUUGGUUUUCUAAAACAAUCUGAUCAAUAAAUCUUAUCCAAAUCUA